AUGUUAUCAAAUGCUUACAAGAAGGCAAUAAAUACAAGAUAUCUUAAGGCAAUAAACAGUAUGUCUAGAUCUGAUAACGGACCCCUUUGGCAGGACGAUACAGAGGUAUCAUCAUGCUUUUUAUGUGAUUUGAAUUAUACAAUUUUCCAUAGGAGACAUCAUUGCCGCAAAUGUGGAAGGGUCGUCUGUGGGAAUUGUUCGGAACAAUCGAUCAAGUACUUUCCAAAUACAUUGAUAGCCAAUCCUCAACAGGAGUCGGAAUGUCUGGUACUGCUUGAAACUUACAGAACGUGCGAUGAGUGUGUUGCAGAAGUGAAGAUGAUCCGGAGGGCGUUGUAUGAGGCCCGUACUAGUGUCAUUGAUACGGAAACAAGUGCCAGUAAUGAAGCAGAAAUUGCACUGGAUAAUGAAAGAAAUGAGACAAACGAAGACUCCCUGGUAGAUAAUAAUAGUACUACAAAGUAUAGCACGAAAACUAGUACUCGAUUAGUACGGUCAUCGACUCAUUCGUCGUGUGCCAACUUGCACCAUAGUGGAUGCAAUUACCGCCGGAGGAUACAAGAUGGUGCAAGCGAUGACAAUUUGUGCCCAGUAUGUGCAAACAACUUGUUGAAGGAAUAUAUGAGACAAUUUAAGAAACGGAAGGGAGAUAUUGAUUGUGAUGAGUUUGAAUCGUACAAAGAGUCGCAUAUCAACGACUGCUUAAUUGCAUUUGAUUUCAAUGGCGAUCGAGACAGACCAGAUUCUCCCGUUAGAAGUAAGAAGAGGUCUCAUAAACGUAAUAAGAUGCUUGUUUAUAACAUGCCGCCUAUUCCUAGACCAAAAUAUGAAACAAUACCAAAUGCUGAAGGUAAUUCCUACGAUACUCUCCGUCUCCACCCACAUUCGAUUCAAUCGCCGAUCGAUUCGCAGAUUGAGGAUGAAAGUGACUUUCAAGUCCUGAAUCCUAAUGAUUUUGUUGGUUCUAUGACAUCGAACUUGACUAUUCAACCGGGCGCAGAAAAGCAGUUGCCUUAUGACUCAGUGGAUAGUGAGUGUGUUAUCUGCUUAGAAGAAUUAAAGCCAGGUGAUAAGGUUGGUAGAUUGGAAUGCUUAUGCGUGUUUCACUAUAAAUGCAUUAAAGAUUGGUUUAACAAGAAAGGAUAUGGUGAAUGUCCAGUUCAUUUCUUACAUCAAUAA